CAAAACUGUCAUUGAAUUUACCCAAGUCAUGUAAUUGGGGAUUAUAAUUGGCUCCCACUCGCUCUUCGCUAAAUUGAUAGAGCUUAACUACCAAUCAGAUUGCCGAUAUGACACUGUCGCCGCUUUAACGACAUUUAUUGCUUUGAAUAUUCAUAGGAUUAAGCAUUUUACACUGUGUCUGUAGCCGUUCUUGGAAAGAAAAAUUACACAAGCAUUCAUACUACAGACCGUUUAUCAUAUUUUAGCGAAAUAUCUGUUGUGAUCAGGGACUGGAUAAUCUAAAAGUUUUCGUUAAUGUUCAUUAACAAAAAAGAGUCAAAUACAAGCAGACGGAACGGCAAUAAUGACAUAUCAGUAACAAUGUUAGCUACAAUAGAAGUUACAAUGCAUCCGUGUAGAUUUGGGGGCAGUAAAAACGGUGACUAUUACACAAAAUUUAAACAUACUGAAGAACAGGAAUACUCGUUUGAAUUUAAUAAAAGAGGUAUUUCUCCCUCUGACGAACCGUCGCAAUCAACAGCCACCCUGACGAGUAAACCUAAUACGAGUCAGGAACAACCGCAUGUGACGUCAUCAAAUCGGCCAUUAAUAAGCACAUGCGCAGAUAACUCCAUGUUGCUUUUACAACAGCAGCCGACUUAUUCUGGCCCCACAACGGCAACGUGUAACUCAUAUACCAACCCCCUUAAUCCUGGGGGACUUGUCAGCACUAUAGGAACUGCAGACAUUGGUGUCUUUCCUGGUUCAACUUUUAGCAUGGCAUUACAGGAGCUACAAGUUGACACAGGAAGCUUCACAGAGGACGACUCAUUCAGAGUGUUUGAUUUUUCAUCUCCAGAAACAGGCUCAGGGUCCGCCUUUCAGGGACAUACACAAGCUCCAACAUUUACGGAACCAUUUAGUUAUGAAGGAACUUUUAUGCUUGAAAGAGAUGUGAGCAAGAUGAUGGGGCUGUUCCCUGAAACAACAACACAAAUGUCAUCUCAAUCAAGUAAUACUCAUAAAUAUAUAGACGCUUCAUCAACAUUCUCAGAGACGCCAUUCAGAGGUUUUUCAUCGAGUGAUCAGUGUAUUUAUUCAAGUCAUCUAUAUGGUGAACCGCAUAAUUUACCCCAAACUCACAGCCAUACUCCAUCAGAAAAACUUUAUCAGAGAGACUCUAGUCAAACAUCUUUUCCUGCAACAUCCGAAUCUCUCUCUCAUGGAAUGUUUCAACAUCAGCAAAUGCAACAAACAUACGGUGAUCCAUCGACAGAUAGUAAGCUAAACAUCAAUGUCAAUAUUUAUCAAUCACAGCAACUUCCUCAGGCUCAUUCUCAUCACCUUGAGGAUACCGCCAUGCUUAGGCGUGGAGAUUCCCGACAAAGCAGCAGGUACUCGACAUACAGCUCUUACAGUCAACCAUUUUAUGGUGCAACAACACCUUUACAGGGAACCGAUCGCCAAGGAAUGCAAUCUAUGGAAACUGGAUAUCAAACUAUGGGGCGUAGUGGACCCAUUUUUCACACAGAUUUACCAGUAUCAACUGGAGGAAGACAUUUUGGUAGAAGGCCUUCUCUAACAAUACCCAUGCCCCCACACACCCCAGAAAGCAUCGAGUUACAGAAGUAUACUAUACAAUCUCCAAAAACCCCUACCACCCCAAGCUCCACCAGAUCUUCUCCUGGUCGUGACGGUUUACAGAAGGAAAGUCUACUCUGUGCGGUAUGUGGAGACAACGCAGCUUGUCAACACUAUGGUGUUCGUACGUGUGAAGGCUGCAAGGGAUUCUUCAAGAGAACAGUACAAAAAGGGGCAAAAUAUGUGUGUUUAGCUGACAAGAACUGUCCUGUUGACAAGAGAAGACGGAACCGAUGUCAGUUCUGCAGAUUUCAGAAAUGCUUAGCAGUUGGAAUGGUGAAAGAAGUUGUCCGGACAGACAGCCUAAAGGGGAGAAGAGGGCGAUUACCAUCGAAACCAAAAAGUCCACAAGAGGCUCCACCUUCCCCACCAGUGAGUCUAAUAACCGCACUCGUGCGUGCGCACGUAGACACAAAUCCAGACAUUCCAACACUGGACUACAGCAAAUACAAAGUGCCUCAUGUUGAAGACAGUCCGCAGACGGACGCCGAGAGUAUCCGAAUGUUCUAUGAUCUCCUUAUCCAAUCCAUAGAUGUGUUACGUACCUGGGCAGAAAAAAUUCCUGGUUUCUCAGAUCUUUGUAAAGAAGACCAGGAUUUGCUCUUUCAGUCAGCAACAAUGGAACUUUUUGUUUUGAGGAUGGCAUAUCGAUUACAAGCUAAUGAUGACAAAAUAGUUUUUGACAAUGGAUUAGUUCUUCACCGACGACAAUGUUAUCAGAUGUUUGGGGACUGGAUCAAUUCCAUUGUUGACUUCGGUCUUUCCAUGCACAGAAUGACUAUAGACAUAUCUUCUCUAGCCUGCAUGGCAGCACUGUCUAUGGUGACAUUAAGACAUGGUCUGAAGGAUGUGAAGAAGAUGGAGGAGUUACAAAUGAAGAUCAUAGAUUGUUUACGGGAUCACUGCACAUACAACAGUGAGGCACAGAGGAAACCCAACUUCUUCUCAUUGAUCCUGGGGAAAAUCGCUGAACUCCGAACCCUUAGCCGAGAAGGUCUUGAAAGACUGAUCUACUUCAAACUUGAAGGAAUUUUUCCUACACCACCAGUGAUCGAAAAUCUUUUCCACUCAAGUCAGCUUCCAUUUUAGUGGUCGUUUUCUCCUUACCAUUAUAAGAUAGUGAAUUUAUCUGCCCUAUUGUACGAAUUGUGACACAACUCUUACAAAGUGAAUCUCCAGCAACAGCUUGUACGCUUGUUUUAAUAGAACGAUGUGACGGUUAAUAUGAAGCUAUUCGUCAGGAUGUGACGGCGCUUUGAAAGAAUCUGCUUUAUUCUUAAUUUUCCUUUUCUGAAGUUCCUCAGUAAAGGAUGCAUAAUACAAAAUGGAACAAGUAUAUUACUGAGCAUUGGAAGCGACAUACUAUCAAACGACGGAAUAUUUCUUGGCGUUGAUAUAGUUGUUGUUCCAGUUAAAUGAAAACUGUUUUGAAUUUCUGUUGAUCUAGGAUUAUAUAAACAGUUGAUUUUGUGUAAGUUUCAGUCUUGAAACGCAAAUUGGGAUUAAACAUCUAUUAAACGAAAAGGUUGUGAAUAUGGACCAUCCUAUACAAACUCAGUCUGCCACAUCCCUUAAACAUUGUUGCUUUCGUACAUACUAUGAACAACUAUAUUUGUGUUUGAUUGACAAUUGGGUUUAGAUUUGAUGUGAUGUGAACUUUUGUGCUACAUGCAAUAUUGCAUUUCUAGUCAAGAACAAAUUAUAUUCAUUACAUUUUCAAGCCAUAUUUGUACAGAGACCAAUAUCGCAAUUUUUCUUAAGCGUUCUUUAUGUUUGGUAUUUCGCAUAGUCAUUAUAAGAGCUGACUCAGAAUUACAAGUAUUAUUAAUUUUUUAUUUAGUGUUCAGAACCAAUGGCUGUUUGCGUUAAUUAGCUAAUUAAGCGAUAUUUGUGUUCAGUGCAGAUUGUGUUCGUUCUUUCUAGUCAAAACGUUUUAUUAAUUUUUUGAUUAAUAGGCGUAGUUACUAUAUAUUUUAUUGAACACUUUAAGACCUGCAAAUCGUUAUUUAUUCUACUGUGAAUGUAGCAUGUUCCCUCUGCUUCAAAACAAAUGAAAAGUCACAGGUUAAUUAAACAUAUUUACUCACGUAUACUAUUGUAUAUAUGAAUCUAAAUGUAAAAACUAAACAGAAAAAAAUCACAACAUACUUAAUCCAACUUAAUCAUAUUUUGCAUUUGAAUAAACUCGUCUACAUUUCACAUUUGCAAGAACACAGCAUCUGUGUACAUGUGCAUAUAGCUAUACUGAUUAUUUGUAAAAGUUUGCUUCUUUGUUGUUUUGUUAUUAAAUUCAAUUGUUGUGUUUUAAGUUUAUGACUUAUUAGAGAGAGAGAUAUAUAUAUAACGUACAUGUAUAUAUUUUUACAAAAUGAAACUAUUCCAAAGAUAUGCUUUUAAAAGUGCUAUUAUAAUUUUGCUUUUAUGUCUUACUUAUUUAAAUUUAUUUAUUAUUUUCUGCCUAGUUUGCUAUUUGUGAAAUAUAUUUUGCAAAACGCUUUCACUUGUUCAGACCAUCAUAUUUCUUAUAAGAGUUCCAUUCAUUCAAAUUGAUAUCUGUCAUUAUAUUCAUCUUUUGUCAUUCUGAAUGUUCCGGUGAUCGCUAUAGAUACCCCUUUAUUCUUGUAUUUACCAUGUCUAUAAUUCCACAAAUCAUUCUAUUUUUAUAUUUAUUCCAGUAUAAACUAUAGCCUAGAACUUACAAUGCAUUUUGUGCUCUAUUUUCUAACACGAUGCUCAUAAAAUCUAAAAUUAAUUAAUUCCUCAGUAAAAUAAUCUCUUCAGGAGAAGUGCAAGAUGUGACAACUUUUUUAAUAAUGAGUUCAAACAGAAAACAAUGUACCGAUUAUUUGUCAAUCAAGCAAAGACAUUUUUCCAAGAACGAAAACCUUAAUACCUUAUUUUUAUUAUUUUUAGACUGCAGAUUAAUCAUGGCCAUCAGAAUAGAAUGCACAGGUGUUUACUAUGUAGUCAAUAAUUCUGUAUAUAUUCAUAUAUCUUAUUAGUGCCAAACUGUGUGGCACAUUUUAGUUUAGACAGUAAGACACGCAAUUUCAAUAUUGACAUGUAGUGUGAAUAGCAGUAAGACACACAAUUUCCGUAUGACAUUGUAGUUUAAACAGUACAGUGUAGCAUUUCUGGUUGUUUUCUUGUACCUUUGUAAGGUCAAGUAAGCCGUUCCCGACUUGCAUACUGAGGAAAGUCUUAUCAUUCUUUUCAUUGCAAAUGUCUUUGUUGCUUUUUCCCAAUAAAAAAUUAACUUCA